UACGCGGCCUCUGUCCGUCGUUGCAACCCUCCAACAACAACAUCGUCAUCUUCAUCUAGGUGACUCGUCCGACGACGACGCCUCACAUCAGCAAAACUCCCUCUAUCUCUUUCUCUCUCUCUCUCUCUCGUCCUAGCGAUUCCUACGCGCUACUCUCUUCCUUCUCCCUCGCCCGUCUAGCCGAUAUCGUCGUCGAGACACAACACCGACCCUCGUGGUGACCAUCUGCCCUGCCAGUCCGACCACGACGACAGAAUUCCCGUCCCUCUACAUCUGAACACCCCCACAUAAAAGGGCCUCACGAUACACUUGUUGUUUAUGUAUCAGCACGACAAGACCGCUGUGUCUAGACACCUUACCCCUCUCACGCGGCAAUCGCUUCGUAUACCGCGGAAACCUUCUAAUCCGGACAUCAGUUCAGUUGGCUGAACACGCUCGCGGAAAGCAUCGCUCAUGUUAAUGCCUCCCAACGCUCACAGCUGUUAUCCAGUCACCCCUAUGUCCACUAUUUGGAACCCAUUGCAUAACUAAUCUCCUGGCUCUCUUCGCCCGCUCUCCCCGCCCAUUUCGCAAUCCAUUUGCGAAUGACUUUAUUGUAGUUCUCCGUGUCUUCAAGACUCCAAGAGACUCGCCGUCGCUCCGACUAAUAUCACCACCUUAAACCCACAUUGCCAACAUAAACCCGACAGCCACUUUCGUAACAAUACCGUCAAAAUGGCUCUUAUCAACGUCCGUCGCGAUGUCACCGACGCCUUCUAUCGUUACAAGAUGGAAAGGAUCCAGACCAAGAUCGAAGGCAAAGGAAACGGCAUCAAGACAGUUGUCGUCAAUCUGAGCAGCGUUGCUGCCUCUCUUGCCCGUCCCGGAUCUUACGUCAUCAAGUACUUCGGAUUCGAGCUUGGUGCCCAGACCAACAUCGAUCCUGCCGAUGACCGAUGGAUUAUCAACGGAAGUCAUGAUGCACCCAAGCUUCAGGACUACCUGGAUGGUUUCAUCAACAAGUUUGUCCUUUGCAAGAAAUGCAAGAACCCCGAGACCGACGUUGUCAUCAAGGACGGUCACAUUGUGCUCGAUUGCAAAGCUUGUGGUCAACGUACCGACGUAGAUCUUCGUCACAAACUCAGUGGCUUCAUCCUGAAGAACCAGCCCAAGAAAGGCGGCAAGAAAGACAAAGCUGAGCGCAAGGCAGCUCGCAAGGCCAAGCAACUGGCCCAACAGAAUGGCAAUGGAAACGGCAAUGGAAGUGGUGGCGAGAACUCUCCCAACGAAUCCAACGAGAAUGAUGACAACGAAGAGAACGGAGCCGCUAGUGACGACGAGUUCACUCGCAAGAUCACAGCCGAUGCUCAGGUUAUUGAUGCGCCUGUCGAAGUUAAUGACGACGAGUGGGCCGUUGAUAUGUCUGAGAAGGCUGUCAAGGCCCGUCAAAGCCAGCUUCCUGACCAGUUCCGGGCGAAGCUGAAUCUCAGCGGCGGUGGCGACGAUGAGGAUGAAGAUGGAGAAGGCGGUGGAAACACCGUCUACGAUGCACUGGGUGACUGGAUCCAGGAGGAGGCUACAAAGGCUGGUAGCAUUAACAAAGUCGAUGAUGUUCAAGUCUACAUCAAAGCGAAGGAAUUUGGCAUUGAAGGCAAGCACAAAACCGUCUUGGUCCUUGUGCAGACUCUCUUCGAUGAAAACAUCAUUACGCAAAUCCCCAAGCGUGCUGGAAUGCUCAAACAGAUGGUGACAUCCGAACGCCAUGAAAAGGCCCUUCUGGGUGGUGUCGAACGCCUUUUGGCCAACCUCGGCAAGGACCACCCCGAGCUCAUGUCCAGCGACAAGAUCGUCAAGAUCCUCCACCAGCUGUAUGACAAGGACCUGGUCAGUGAGGAGGUUAUCACCAAAUGGGGUACCAAGGCCAGUAAGAAGUAUGUUGAUCUCGCUACUUCUAAGAAGAUUCGUCGUGCCGCGGAACCCUUCCUCAAAUGGCUCGAGGAGGCUGAGGAAGACGAGUCUUCUGAGGAGGAAUGAACUGGUACUGGGUCAAAUUGUUAAGCCGCUCUGUUGAGAGCGUAUGGUGUGUUUGGUUUACUUCUAUUUUUCGCGAGAUAAUCUCGCUUUAUACGUUCGUUUCUUCAACUGGUUUUUGGGACAUUUCACUACCGUACACGCAUGGAGCAGAGUGGAUUUGCAAAAAACAAAGAUUUGUUAUGAGACCACCCACUCAAACUCGCUUAGCUGCUAGUUUAUGUACUACGUGGCUAGAUUCGGGUGGGUUUUGUUGUUGUCGCUGCUGUUGUGGUGGAGAUUGGUGUCACUGGGCCUGUUAGUAGUAUUAAGGAGUUAGGAAAUACUAUUCGCCUCUCUAUCCUAUAUCAUACAAUCACAUUACUAGGCAGUCUUAUAAUGAUGAAGGGGGUUUCGUUUUGGAUGGAUGGGUGGCUUACGGAUUGACUCAGACCUGACAUGUUACUGUGAAAUAAGAUCGAAUUGGCCCACGAAGUAAUCUACCUUCAGGGGCAUUGAUGAGUACUGCAGAUUUGUAUGUCUACAAUGAAAUUGGAAUUAAGACCUGAUCCUAGCCUUGUUGUACUGUAUUACAUGUAUAGGUAUAAAUUGUGAUUCGUCUAA